AUGGUGAAUGCAGCAAGUGGUGGAGGGCUAGUGAAUAAGACUCCAGGAGAUGCAACUAGGUUGAUUGCAGAGCUAGCAGAAAAUUCUAGGCAAUUCAGUCAGAGAACUCCCACGCGCCGGGUGAAUGCAGCAAAUUCAAAUACGUCUGAGUUAGAAAGUCAAGUAGCUGAUUUGACUUCUAUGAUGCGUGAGUUCAUGGUGAACUCAAGGAAUCCGCAGCAACUGAAUGCUUGUGGUAUAUGCACCUCCAUGGGACAUCCCACUGAUGCAUGUCCUCAAUUACAAGAGGAGCAGAAUGAGCAAGCAAAUGCAAUGGGUUUCCAAGGGCAAGGUCCUCAGAGAAGAUAUGAUCCCUAUUCAAAUACAUACAAUCCAGGAUGGAGGGAUCAUCCAAAUUUGAGAUAUGGGAACUCCCAAGGGAACCAACAACAACAAAAUGCUCAAGGCCAGCAACAGUAUCAGCAAUAUAGGGCACCAUUACCUAAACCUCAAGGCCAAAGCUCAAAUUCGAAUAAUAUGUCAACUGAAGAAAUGAUUAGAUCAUUAACUUCUAAUGUUUCUACUAUGCAGCAAAAUAUGGUGCAAUUUCAGCAAGAAACCAGAUCAAGUAUUCAAAACCUAGAGAAUCAAUUUAGUCAAAUCUCUAGUGCAGUAAGCCGACUUGAAGCUAAGGACUCUGGAAAGCUUCCACCUCAAACGGAGUUGAGUCCUAAGCAACAAGCCAACGCUAUUACAUUGAGGAGUGGCAAGGAGCUGAAAGAGACUGAAAUUGCAACCAAGAGGGCUGAAGAUAUUCCUCGUUUUGCUAAGUUUAUGAAAGAACUGUGUACUAUCAAGAGAAAGCAUAGGUUGGGAGGAAAAGAGAAGGUAAAGGUGAGUGCUCAUGUUUUUGCGGUUUUCCAAAAGAAAAUCCCAGAAAAAUGUGGUGAUCCUGGUAUGUUUAUUGUUCCUGUUACAAUAGGAGACACCACAUUGCACCGAGCUAUGUUGGACCUAGGUGCAUCAAUCAAUGUCAUCCCCUACUCCCUGUUUAAAUCUUUAAAACUUGGACCUUUACAUGGAACUGGGGUAGUGAUUCAGUUAGCGGAUAGGUCUAAUGUGUAUCCUAAGGGGGUGGUGGAAGAUGUGUUGGUUAAGGUUGAUGGUUUGAUUUUUCCUGCUGACUUUUAUGUGCUUGACAUGGAACAUGACAAACAAGCAGUCCCCAUCUUGUUAGGAAGACCUUUCUUGAAGACUGCUAAAACAAAAAUCGAUGUGUCUACCGGUUCCUUGACUAUGGAGGUUGAUGGGAAAGCAAUUGGGUAUAACAUUUAUGAUUCCAUAAAGUAUCCUGUCAACACUCAUUCUUUAUGUUCUCUUAAUGUUGUCGAUCCAAUGGUGCAUGAUGUUCCUAACAAUGAUCGUGGGGAUGAGUUCCUCACACCUAUAACUAAUGUUGUAUCUGGUGAUUGCUUGGAUUUCUCUAUGCCUACUAAUGUGCAGGUGAAGGUGGGGGAAUUGAAUGAACAUUCCAAGCUUCCACCUAUACCACCAGGUUCAACAAUCGGCCCGUCUGCAAUUCCGGGCAAGAAAUUGUCCCAUUUAUACCACAAAGCAAAGAAUAGGUUGUGGCAUGACAAGAUGAUUGCUAGGAAGAAGGUUAAAGUCGGUGAAAAAGUCCUCCUAUAA